AUGGCGUUAUCAAGAUCUAAGCAUAGUUUAGGUUUUCGAUUCCAUCCUAGUGAUAAAGAGUUGAUCAACCAUCUAAAAAGAUUCAUGCUCGAUGGAAUUUUUCCACGUCCCAAUGUUAUCAAACUAAAGGACGUAUUUGGAGAUUUAGAGCCAUGGCAAAUUAUCGAUGGAGAGAAAACAUGUUAUUUUCUUACGCGAUUAAAGAAAUUCAAUAAUUCAAAUAAGAGAUUCUCAAGAACAGUUGGGAGUGGGACUUGGAGUGGCCAAACAAGUGGUAUUUCCAUUAGAGAUAAAUCAAAUAGAAAUAUUAUAAUUGGAUAUAAGAGAAGUUUGAGGUAUAAAAGUGGUGUUGAAAAAGAUCAAAGUGAAAAAUGGCUUUUGAAGGAAUAUUUUUUGCCAGAUGAGUAUAUUAAGAAAAGCAAGAACAAGGAUAUAUUUGUCAUUUGUAGAACUAAAGAGAAGACAAAAAACGAUGAGGAAAAUAAUAAUGAUGACGAUGAUGAUGAUGUUAAGGAUGAAGAUGUUGAUGGAUUAGUGGAUUAUCUAUUUGAAGGUAAUUAUGAUCAAGUAAUUAGCAACAAUAAUGACAAUCAAUUAGAGGGUAAUUAUGAAGCAAGUACAAGCACAUUGAACAAUUAUGGAGAAUUAGGUGAAGUUGAGCAAUUUAAUGGAAUUAAUCCAUAUGAUAAUUCAAGUAUUGAGUCUGUAUUGGAAAUGAUUGAAUUUUAA